GGCUGCGCGGCGCCUUCGUCGGGCGGGCGGGACCAGCUGGUUACCGCUGAGUGCCCGGAGCGCGGGGCGGGGCGGGGCCUAGGCGGCGAGUGGCUGGGCGAGCGUUGCUUCGCCUGGUCCUGGGCUGGGGGUAGGGGCUAGGGCCGGGUCCCGGCAUGAGCCGAAACCUGGGGUUCGAGUGGGGCGGGGAAUGGGGCACAGUGAGGCUGGGAGCCGGCCCUGAGCUUGUCUUGCGUAGGGGUAGCCAGGCUCGGGGCGCCUGAGCUGGAGGCGGAAGUGUGAAAUAAGGACUGAGUGGGCAAAGAGAACCUGGGCUGAGACAUGGCCGCUUACCAACAAGAAGGGCAGAUGCAGCUUCCCCGAGCUGAUGCCAUUCGUUCACGUCUCAUCGAUACUUUCUCUCUCAUUGAGCAUUUGCAAGGCUUGAGCCAAGCUGUGCCGCGGCACACUAUCAGGGAGUUACUUGAUCCUUCCCGCCAGAAGAAACUUGUACUGGGAGAUCAACACCAGCUAGUGCGUUUCUCUAUAAAGCCUCAACGUAUAGGACAGAUUUCACAUGCCCAGAGGCUGUUGAGCAGGUUUCAUGUGCGCUGCAGUCAGAGGCCACCUCUUUCUUUGUGGGCCGGAUGGGUCCUUGAGUGUCCUCUCUUCAAAAACUUCAUCAUCUUCCUGGUCUUUUUGAAUACGAUCGUAUUGAUGGUUGAAAUAGAAUUGCUGGAAUCCACAAAUACCAAACUAUGGCCAUUGAAGCUGACCUUGGAGGUGGCAGCUUGGUUUAUCUUGCUUAUUUUCAUCCUGGAGAUCCUUCUUAAGUGGCUAUCCAACUUUUCUGUUUUCUGGAAGAGUGCCUGGAAUGUCUUUGACUUUGUUGUUACCAUGUUGUCCCUGCUUCCCGAGGUUGUGGUAUUGGUAGGGGUAACAGGCCAAUCGGUGUGGCUUCAGCUUCUGAGGAUCUGCCGGGUGCUGAGGUCUCUCAAACUCCUUGCACAAUUCCGUCAAAUUCGAAUUAUUAUUUUGGUCCUGGUCAGGGCCCUCAAGAGCAUGACCUUCCUCUUGAUGUUGCUGCUCAUCUUCUUCUACAUUUUUGCUGUGACUGGUGUCUACGUCUUCUCAGAGUACACCCGUUCACCUCGUCAGGACCUGGAGUAUCAUGUGUUCUUCUCGGACCUCCCGAAUUCCCUGGUAACAGUGUUCAUUCUCUUCACCUUGGAUCAUUGGUAUGCACUGCUUCAGGACGUCUGGAAGGUGCCUGAAGUCAGUCGCAUCUUCAGCAGCAUCUAUUUCAUCCUUUGGUUGUUGCUUGGCUCCAUUAUCUUUCGAAGUAUCAUAGUAGCCAUGAUGGUUACUAACUUUCAGAAUAUCAGGAAAGAGCUGCAUGAGGAGAUGGCGCGUCGGGAGGUUCAGCUCAAAGCUGACAUGUUCAAGCGGCAGAUCAUCCAGAGGAGAAAAAACAUGUCGCAUGAAGCACUGACGUCAAGCCAUAGCAAAAUAGAGGACAGAGGAGCUAGUCAACAAAGGGAAAGUUUGGACUUAUCAGAAGUGUCUGAAGUAGAGUCUAAUUAUGGUGCCACUGAAGAGGAUUUAAUAACAUCUGCAUCAAAAACAGAAGAGACCUUGUCAAAAAAGAGAGAGUACCAGUCUUCCUCCUGUGUCUCCUCCACAUCCUCUUCCUAUUCUUCCUCUUCUGAAUCCAGAUUUUCUGAAUCUAUUGGUCGUUUGGACUGGGAGACUCUUGUGCACGAAAAUCUGCCCGGGCUAAUGGAAAUGGAUCAGGAUGACCGUGUUUGGCCCAGAGACUCACUCUUCCGAUAUUUUGAGUUGCUAGAAAAGCUUCAGUAUAACCUAGAGGAACGUAAGAAGUUACAAGAGUUUGCAGUGCAGGCACUGAUGAACUUGGAAGACAAGUAAAGCAAUGGAUGGCUUCAAUAUCCUUGGGCCCAGCAAAAGAUAAUGAAGGGAAUUGUUGGAAAUAGAGAAUUGAAAAUAUAAACAUUCAGAUAGAACAAUGUCUGUUCAUUAAAAUUAAAAAGUAUAAGUGUCUAGGCCAGGCGUGGUGAAACCCUGUCUCUACUAAAAAUACAAAAAAAUUAGCUGGAUGUGGUGGCAGAUGCCUGUAAUCCUAGCUACUCGGGAGCCUGAGGCAGGAGAAUCACUUGAACCUGGGAGGCAGAGGUUGCAGUGAGCCAAGAUUGCACCACUGCACUCCAGCCUGGGCAACAGAGUGAGACUCUGUAUAAGUGUCUUAUAAAUACUCCUGAUAGCUGCUCAGUAGUGUGACUCUGAGAUAAGGGAUAUUGAAAGGCAUAAGGUCAAGUAAAAGAGUUAGUUCAAGCUGAGUGUGGUGAUGUGUGCCUCUAGUCCCAGCUAUGGGCUGAGGUAGGAUUGUUUGAGGCAGGGAGUUCGAGGCUGCAGCAAGCUAGGAUCAUAUCACUGCAUUCCAGCCUGGGCAACAUAGCAAGACCCUAUCUCUAAAAAAGAACAAAACAAGUUAGCUCAGAUGCCAGUGGAGUCUGUGCUCCUUAGCUUUCUACCCUUUCCACAGUUCCUGAAUCUGACUCAUUUCUUGACUUUAUCGUUAUAGCUUCCACCCUUCCUGCAACCUCUACUGCCUGAUUAGAGUCCUAAUUUUACCCUCUCCCUCCCUGAUGCAUAGGUAAAGGCCUCUCUGUGGAGUAAGGAGAUCUUCAGAGCUGUUAGUGUAACUAAUUGAGAAGUAUUGUUUCCAUUGCGUGUUCUACUCAUGUUGCUUCUCUUGUGAACCAUUAACUUUAAUUGGAUAUUAUUUUUACCUG